UGCCACUCUCACACACAUCCGCAGGGAAGCGAUUCGCGGCAAUCCAACAAAGCAGACGUCUCGGCGUGAAAUGUAGGAGCUUUUUGCCGGAAUUCUAACCGAAAAUGGCUUCAUUCAGCGUGAGGAUCGGAAAGCGCCUCAAUCCAUCCAAUUUGCGGCGUUUUUUGGCGCCGGGCUUGUCUGGAUCUCCGUCUUUCUCCACCUCCGCGGCGGUUGCUGCGGAGAUGCCUUCGCCGACGCAGGCGGAGGUGUUGAACGGUUCAAGAAUGCUCGGAUUGGUCAAGGAGUAUGAGGAUUAUCGGAGGAGCUUGUACGGCGGCCUAACGCAUAAGGCUUUGCUUGUUGACGCCGUCGGGACUCUGGUUGUUCCUUCCCAGCCUAUGGCUCAGAUCUAUCGACAAAUCGGUGAAAAGUAUGGAGUUCAGUACUCUGAAGGUGAAAUAUUGAACAGAUACAGAUGGGCUUACGGCCAGCCUUGGGGUAAAUCCCGCCUCAGAUACGUGAAUGAUGGGAGACCGUUUUGGCAGUUCAUAGUCAGCGCGUCGACUGGAUGCUCAGAUUCGCAGUAUUUCGAGGAGCUCUACAACUAUUAUACCACCGAAAAGGCUUGGCAUCUCUGCGAUCCCGACGCCGAAAAAGUGUUCAAAGCUCUGCGAAAAGCGGGAGUUAAAGUGGCGGUUGUUUCCAACUUCGACACUCGGUUGAGACCGUUGUUGAGAGCAUUGAAAUGCGACCACUGGUUCGACGCUGUCGCCGUUUCUGCCGAGGUCGAGGCUGAGAAGCCUAACCCGACAAUAUUCUUGAAAGCUUGUGAAUUGCUGGGAGUACAACCCGAGGAUGCCGUCCACGUCGGGGACGAUCGGAGGAACGACGUAUGGGGCGCACGAGACGCCGGGUGCGACGCCUGGCUUUGGGGAAGCGACGUCAAGUCGUUUAAGGAGGUUGCGGAAAGAAUCGGUGUUGAGGCAUGAUAAAAACUUGGGAAAAGGUUGUAUGGACGUUUCGUUGUCGUAGCUACUUUUGUAUAUAUAUUUUCGAGGCUUUUGUUUGUACUUGUGUAAUAGAGAGAGUCGACAUUGUAGAGUUAGAUGAAGAACGAGGACUAAAACUAGCCGUUGGAGCUCUUUGAGGUUGGUUUGUCGUUGACAGAUUUUAGUAUGUUGUUGUAAAGUUUUGUUGGUGGAUUAAUCGGAUUCAUUUUACUGUUAUACCUAAGUGGGCUUAGGUCAUAUGUUGUUUGGUGAUGAAAUUGUGUUGUUGAUAUUUAUGUAUUUUUACACUCACUACGUUCCA